AGAUGGGGGAAAACACCCACACACGGAAACGGGGCUGCGUCUCAGAUUAUUGGCGAUUUCAGCUGUUUCGUUUCCGACGAACGCUAUCAAUUAUUUUGCAAAAAUACGGCCGCGGCUCGUGUUAGCCAACUGUGCCCUGCACCAUUUCACUCUUGGCCCCCUUUUUAUGGGUAUUUUAAUCACGUAGGCCACCCCACCCGAAUAUAUGCCAAAUAAACUACAACAAAAUAGCGCACAGCACACACAAUGCAGCUGAUGGUUGUGAUUCUGCUUCUUAUCGGCUUUUCUCUCUUUAUUUGCGCUUUUCGCCAGCUCACUUUCACUCUCCGCGCUCUGGAAGGUGUAACCUUGACUUGCUUUAUCGGUUUUUAGCGCAGAUUAUGCGAAAAAUAGCGAAAUUUAACAAUUUUUUAGCCCACAAAUUUAUUUUUUACGAGCUAGCGAUGGACAUGGACCGAUAGCCAACGAUAGGCAGCAGCUUCAGCGAUCGUACGAUACGCUGGCACUGUGCAACACUACUUGCCGGCAACUAAUCGAUAGCAAUAAAUUUGCAUGAAUUGUCAUCACUAAUCAACAAUAAACAGAUGCUGUGACAUUUUAAUUUCUUUGAAAUUUUUAAUUAAUUGGGAUAGUAAUGCCGUCGACAGAGCGUGUUGCCAAGGUGGUACUGGUGGACAUAGAAGGAACCACCACAUCCAUCGGCUUUGUGCACGACAUUCUCUUUCCCUACGCCAAGAAUAAUGUAGAAAAGUUCCUCGAAGACUCCUGGGACAGCAGUGUCGAGAUCAAAGAGAUUGUCCGACAGCUGCAACAGGUUCCACAAUUUGCGGAAUACACCUUGCGUGUUCCUCCAACGGAUGUGGAUGUGCAGGUAAUCACAGGCUUUGUGCGUUAUCUGAUUGACAAAGAUCUGAAGGUGACGGCGCUGAAAGCGCUCCAGGGCCUAAUCUGGCAGCAGGGCUAUGAAAGCGGCGAACUCAUGGGACACGUCUUCACGGACGUGCCUGGUGCCUUUGCGGCUUGGCGUGAGGCGGGCCUGCGGAUUGCCGUCUACUCCAGCGGCAGUGUGGCCGCCCAGAAGCUAAUCUUCAAGCACAGCGUUGUGGGGGACCUGCUGACCCAUCUCAGUGCACACUUUGACACCCACGUGGGCCACAAACAGGAGACGCAAUCGUAUGCAAACAUCGCCAAGACUUUGGGGGAAGAUCCGCGUCACAUUCUCUUCCUCACGGAUACUCCUGGAGAAGCUGCCGCUGCUCGAUCCGCUGGGCUACAGACCAUAGUGCUCCAGCGUCCAGGCAACGCUCCCCUCACCGAUGACCAGAAGAGCAGACACGAGCUUAUUGCAGACUUCUCCUCCCUCCACACCUUGCAACUGCCCGAAUAAAGAGCUGGCGAUGGGAUCAUCCAAAAAAUGCAUUCAUGUAUUGU